GCGCUAUCUCCUCCGACCUCCGCAGGUCCAUCUCUUCCUCCACCCUCCGCCGGGCCCUCAGCGUCAUCUCCUCCGACCCCCGCAGGUCCAUCUCUUCCUUCCUCCGCAGGCCCGUCUCCUCCACCCUCCGCCAUGCCCUCAGUUCCAUCGCCUGCCGAGGCCUACUCAGGUCCCGCGGCACGUCCUCACCCGCCGAUCGGAAAAAAGAGCCACCGGACCUCCACGGACACCAGCAGCAGCAGCAGCGGCAGCAGCAGCAGCGGAGGGAGAAGCAGGACCAGAACCUGGAACAGCCAAUCAUCCGACCGAAACGGCCACCGAAGGGGAUCUUUCAGAAGAGGCCACAAGAGGAUCUGCUUGAGAACAGACAGAAGAGAACCCCCGAGACGUCACCGUGACCUGAUAGAUGCACGGAGGGAUGAUUUGACUUAUGCGGAGGUUGUCUCCCUCCUGGCCGCUGUUGGGCGCAGUGCCAGCGGUGCGAGCACCGUAAUUGCUGGGCGAUACCAUGCGCCCUUUAUAUUCAGGUGUGCAGCGGUGGAGCUUCCUGUCCUCCCCUCCCUGCUUGCUUCCGUGGUGGCUGUGGUUUGGCAUGACGGCGUUGGUGGACGCAGCCAUUCUCUGGUGUAUCCAGCCGUUGUGAUUGCCGUCAAGGUGUGCUGUCUGAAUACCGUGGCUGAGUGCUGGGGUGAAUUCCCCGGGGUGAAGCGGGGAUCUGCUGGGGUCCUGCUGGGCAGAGGAACACAGGCUCGCUCUGGGUGUGUGUGCGCGCGUGUGUGUGAGCCGUAUUCUUGUGGCUCACACCCUCCAGUUGCCAGUUAACAGCCCGGCAUAAUCGGACUGCUACCAUCGCUUCAAGCUGAGCUGCUGUUUUGGUUCUCUUUAAUAUUUGUUUGGUGAACUGUUUAUGUUUUUUUUUAUUCUGUUGUUUGCGGCGGCUUGGAGCGGACUUCUCAGCCCAGUACGGCUGAGUGCCGUCUGCGUCCACUCCGUGUAGAGGCUGGUGGUGUUGCUGUUGUGUCAGAACUUGUACAGCUGCAAGGGCUACUUCAGUUGAUGGUGUUUUGUUUUCUUUGUUAUUUGGAAAUUAAUUCAGGUAUUUCCUUUUGGUGUUUUGGUUUGCUUUGUUGCAUUAGUUUAAUUGUGUUUUUUUUUUGUUGUUUUCUUUGUGAGUUUAUUUAGCCUUAUGUAUUGAUUUAAUUCAUCAUUUAUUGUUCUUUGUUUUUGUUUUCUUUUGUCCACACCAGUUAUGGUUAGUUUGGGCACGUUUUAUUAAUCUUUGUCUUUGUCUUCUGUGUACAGGUGCUGUGGCUUACUGCGGCAGUUAUUUCCUGGUGGUGGUGGUCUUCUUCACGGUCCCCCCUUUCUUUUGGUUUUGUGUAUGUGUGUGUGUAUUAUUUGCAGUGUCACGGGUGAUUCAUUUGAGGAUUCCUCUCCCCUUUUUUGGUUGUCCUGCCGCAGGGUAAGCCCCAGCCUGGGUUUAUUUUAUUCCUUGUUGCCCAUUCUUUCUUUUAGUUAGUAUAUGUUAACUGGUGUGUGACAUUAUUUCCUUCCUUAUAAAUUGUUAAUAAACAUUGUUAAAUUGGAA